AUGCCGCCCACGAACAUAGUCAAUGCACAUAAAGAACUCUCCUACUCCACACCAAGGGUCCAACCCCAGCUAAAACACCAAGAAUGCCCAAUCCUUAGUUCCGAACGGCUCGCCUCAGGCCUCUGGCCUAGGUACAUGGAGGCCACUGGCACCCAUGCGACUCGACCGAGACUGGUCCGACCUCGCAUUCACCUGCAAAAGUUGUUACUGAAGGCGAUAUUUAGUAUCCAGCACGUCUUUCUAGAACGCCAACGCAUCACCAUUGCCAUUGGAGGCGGCAUCACCGGGUUCAAGGACACUACUUCAAGCGCGAACCUUGACCAUCUCACACAUAUUCUCGCUGUGGAUGUAAAAAUGUGCAGGCUGAUAAUGUCUCCUUUUGCGAAAGACAUUCCAAGGCACUGUUACGUCGGUUCUGUCAUACUUGUAUACAGACCACUGAGGGAAUUGGAGUCAAUUGCAAGUGCGUUUCCGGAUCGUCAACCCAAAGUCCAGGUCGAUUAA